AUGUUUGGACGUGGCCCACCGCCUGGUAGAAUGCAGCAGCCGCCUCAUCACAACCACAACAACCCGGGUCCAGGACCAAUGAAUGGCAGAGGCAUGAAUAAUAUGCACAACAACAUGGGCGGUCGAGGCAUGAAUAUGAAUGGAAGGGGGGUGCCUAUGAACGGCAGAGGAGGCAUGCCCAUGAAUGGAAGGGGAAUGAACCCAAUGAUGGGCCGUGGCCCAAUGCCUGGUCGAGGAGGCCCUGGACGUGGAAUGAGUGGAGGACAUCAACCGCCAAUGCCAGGACGGCAUCAUCAUAAUAAUCAUUCUCCAAUGCCAGGUAGACAUCAACAACACAUGGGGCCACCGCGUGCUCCUCCUCCUCCACCGCCGCCACCGAGACCACCUUUUCCACAAGCACACCCUCAGAAUGGCCUGUCUCCACACCAGAUGCCUCCGAUGCGGCCAAUGCAGCAGCAACCGCCGUACGGAAAUAUGUCACACAACAACCUCCCGCCUGGACAUCAGCUACAACACCAAAGACCGCCGCCACCACCUCCAAGGCCGCCUUUUCCUCCUCCAACACAAAAUAUCAAUCAGAUGCAACACAAUCAACACCCAGUUGGCAUGCCACCACCCAACCACAUGGGUCCUCCUCGGCAUCUUCAACCGCCGCCAAUGAAUGGAAAUAUGCAACAAAAUCAUCAUAAUCAACCUCAUCACCAACAAAGUCACCAACAGCAGUAUCAGAGGCCUCCCCACAACCAGUUCCCUCCCCAUGGGCACCAACAGCAACUAAAUAAUGCGCAGGCAAAUUCUUUCGUUGCCAUGGCGCCCCCUCUGAAACCUCAGCAUCAGCAACAACCACCUGCCGCUGCAGCUGCAUCACCAAAACCAGCAACCACGCAUUACUCGCAAGCCCAAAUAGAUCAAGCGUGGACUGAGUAUGCCAACGACAAGGGGGUCAAAUACUAUCACAAUUCCAUUCUACAAACCAGUACGUACAACAAACCGGCAACUUUCGUGACCAGUCAACAGUCCCAACUCCAAGCACAGCAGCAGCAGCAACAACAACCCAGCACAGAGAGAGCAGUGGCGGCUGCCCCAGCUGCCUCCACCCCUCGGCCCUGGGCAGAGUACACCGAUGCAAACACUGGCAAAAAGUACUAUUCAAACGGUGUAACGACUACUUGGGAAAGACCCGAAGGCCUUGUUUCUUCCUCGUUGAGCGCCGCUACAAUCGUUGCACAGAGCAAUGCAAAUGAGGAAGAAACAUCGACUGGAGAAUCCGCCCGUAAAAAGAGAAAAAUGAAAGCCGAGAAAGAAACCCCGUUUCGAAAUAACGAAGAGGCGUUGGCUGCCUUCAAAGGGCUCCUAUUGGCAAAGGGGGUGUUGCCGACGGCAAAAUGGAAUGAUGUUGUCAAAAUGUGCUCUUCGGACUCUCGGUGGGCAGAUUGUGAGGCUGUGCUUACCACGGGAGAGCGAAAGCAAGCCAUGGCCGAGUUCCAAACCAAGCGGGCGAAUGAGUUGCGAACCAAAGAACGCCAAGAACGUGCUCGAGCCAAAGACGCAUUUUUGCAAUUGCUCAGUGAAUCCUUGCCGAAACAAGCUAGUUUUUCUGUCUGGAAUUCACGAUUUGGGGACGUUCGAGAUAGCAUCGCCAAAGACGAUCGUUUCUACGCUGUUCAGGACGAAGAAACCCGGGAAAGCCUUUUCUUGGAUUUCUGCGAAGAGUUGAGAAAGCACGACGAAAGGAAAAAACGAAACAAAAAGAGAGAAGCCCAGGACGCCUUCAAUUCGUUCCUCAAAGAGAAAGAAGAGGCGGGCACUCUUUCAUUCUUGUCCACGUGGAACAGCUUUCUGGCUGCCAUGAGCGAAUCUGACAAACAUGAUAGCCGUUUCCAAGUGUCGUCAUUCAUGAGUGACUCGGAUCGACAAGUAUUCUUUGCUGAUUUCGCGAUUGAGCUGCAGGCGGCAGAAGAUGACAAACGACGGCGAAUUCGGGAUGCUCGGAGACGAGCGGAGAAGGCGCAACGAGAUGCCUACAGAGAUUCUCUCGAAAAGCUUGCGGCGCAAGGAAAGAUUACGCCGUCGUCGCACUGGCGAGACGUCGAAAGGAUUGUCGAAUCUGACGGUACGUACCAGCCUGUUCACGAGCAGGAUAGAGACGCACCGAGAGAAAUUUUCGAAGAGUUCGCGGAAGAGUGGGACGAGACUUACAGGCGAGAUCGGCAAGUCCUCAGCCAACUCGUCCUGCACCCAACUUCAAAGGGGGAAAUCUUGAUCACAAGUCAAACUUCAUAUGAUGAAUUCGCUAAGGCGCUUCUCGAAGAAGCAAACGCUUCGCCACAGACCUAUGCCGAAGUUCGUCGUAUCACAAAGGCCGAAGAACCCAUUUCAAGCGCUCGCUUGUACUUCAACGAAUUAUUGAAGAAGGCAAAAGAGACAAAGCCAUUGCGGCGACGAGGCCACGGUGGCCGAAGAGGGUCGCUUCACAACGAUGACUCUUCCGAAGACGAAGGCGAGAUCAUUGAAGAUGGGGAAGAGAACGAAAACCCUCCUAAGGAAUCAACUGAGCCUCUGGAAAAAAGCCAACCUCAAUCAUCCAAGGAUGACCAGGAAUCGCAACGUCAGGAUACGGUGGAAACUGCUAACACGUCAGAGCAGAAACAGCCACUUCAGGAGGCUAAGGACGGUGAUGGAAUACGACAAACAUCGGGUGACUCCAGCAAGCAGCAGGAAGACCCAUCAUAA